AUGCCAAGACACGUGGCAAUGAUAAUGGACGGAAACCGGAGAUGGGCGAAACAGGCCGGAUUGCUGACGUCACAAGGCCACAAGGCCGGAGCUGACCGGCUCUUAGACUUCUCCGCGCAAUGCUUUAAAUUGGGGAUUCAUACAGUCUCAGGUUUUGCUUUCUCCACGGAGAAUUGGGGAAGAAGCAAGAUUGAGGUUAUGUUCUUCAUGUCUUUGAUUCAACACUACCUCAAGUCCAAGAUCAAAUAUUUCCAGAGAGAGGAAACUAGAGUUUCUGUUAUCGGUAGUCUAACGAAGAUCCCUGAAUCUCUCCUCCGAACAAUCCAAGAGAUAGAGGAAGCUACGAAUAUCUACAAGAACAAACAUCUCAUCUUGGCCAUAGAUUACAGCGGGAGAUCCGACAUCUUACAAGCUUGCAAGAGCAUUGUGAAGAAAUCAGAACAAGGGUUGAUACAAGAGGAAGAUGUAGACGACGAGUUGUUCGAGAGAGAGCUUAUGACUAAUUGCACCGAGUUCCAAAGUCCUGAUCUAUUGAUUAGGACAAGUGGAGAACAGAGGAUUAGUAACUUCUUCUUGUGGCAACUCGCUUACACCGAGCUCUUCUUCACGCCGGUCCUUUGGCCUGAUUUCGACAAGGACAAGCUCGUCGAAGCCCUGGUUUCAUAUCAGUGCAGGGAAAGACGAUUUGGUCGUCGGAUUUGA